AAAUAUAACGAACAAUUUGACUUAAAUUAAACACAGUUAGAUGACGCGCAGAAGUGCCUGGACAACCGACGCGGCCAGUAUAGUACGUUCGUUCGUUCGUUCAUUUGUUUAGCUGCGCUAACGGCAAAAUAAUUGCUAAUUUCCAAUUAACGAACCGUGAACUGCCCAUACGAUUCACACAUUCCAAAAGCACACACAGAACAAGAAGGCAAAGCCGGACGUCGAAGCUAGAGAUACAUAUACACGUUUGCAAGCUACGUUAGCUGGGUGUUCGAUAGAAACAUUCACAUUGACACAUUGCUAUUGAUGUUUAGCGCUUGAUGCCAAGUGAAGCGUCAACAUGGGCGAUAUGUUCCGCAGUGAAUCGAUGGCCUUGUGCCAAAUGUUUAUACAACCGGAAGCAGCGUACUCAUCGAUGGCCGAACUGGGCGAGAGUGGUUGUGUGCAGUUUCGUGAUUUGAAUGCGCAAGUUAGCGCUUUCCAGCGCAAAUUCGUGACAGAGGUCAGACGUUGCGACGAAUUGGAGCGUAAAAUACGUUACAUCGAAAAUGAGCUGCGCAAAGAUGACAUCAAAAUACCCGAGGUGCUGGACGAGCCACGACCGCCGUACCCGCGAGAAAUCAUUGACCUGGAAGCGCAACUGGAGGCGAUUGAGACCGAAAUACGUGAACUUGCCGCCAACAAGGUCAAUCUGAAUGCCAACCAUCAGGGCAUGCUGGAGCUGAGGUACGUACUCGAGAAGGCGGAUAAUUUCUUCACCGACAACGAAGUCAUCAAUUUGAGUUCGCAACGUUUCUCCGAUGCCGUUGAGUAUGCACCACCGCUACCUGGUCAGCAGCGCGGCCAAUUGGGCUUCGUUGCAGGUAUCAUCAAUCUGGAGCGCUUCUUCUCAUUCGAACGCAUGUUGUGGCGCAUCUCGAUGGGUAAUGUCUUCCUUAAGCGUAGCGAUCUUAGCGAGCCGCAUUUGGAUGCCGAUACCGGCAAAACGGUGGCGCAGACCGUCUUUAUCGCCUUCUUUCAAGGCGAUCAGUUGAAGCAGCGCAUCAAAAAGGUUUGCGCUGGCUAUCACGCCGCCGUCUAUCCCUGUCCGAGUUCGUAUUUGGAACGACAGGAGAUGCUGAAAGAUGUGAAUAUGCGUCUGGCAGAUUUGACAUUAGUGAUUAAUCAGACGGCAGAUCAUCGCAAUCGUGUGCUGGUUUCUGCUGCAAAAAUUUUACCCGCAUGGACGAUUAUGGUAAAGAAAAUGAAGGCGAUCUAUCAUACGCUCAAUCUUUUCAAUAUGGAUCUGAGUAGUAAGUGCCUCAUCGGUGAAGGUUGGGUGCCCAGCUGUGAUUUGCCGAUCGUACGUGAUGCUUUGGCCAGGGGUUCGGCAAAGGUGGAUAGCACGAUUACGUCAUUUCUAAAUGUGAUCGAAACGAACGAACAGCCGCCCACCUAUAACCGUACGAACAAGUUUACGCGCGGUUUUCAGAAUUUGAUCGAUGCCUACGGUCUCGGUUCCUAUCGCGAAGUGAAUCCGGCGCUCUACACCUGCAUCACAUUCCCCUUUCUGUUUGCCGUGAUGUUUGGUGACAUGGGUCACGGCUUAAUAGUGCUACUUGUGGCACUCUACAUGGUACUGAAUGAGAAGAAACUCAGCAAGAAUAAGGGUGAAAUAUUCAAUUUAUUCUUUUCUGGUCGCUACAUCAUAUUGCUUAUGGGUCUGUUUUCACUCUACACCGGUUUCAUUUACAACGACGUCUUCUCCAAGUCCAUGAACAUUUUCGGCUCCGCUUGGCAUGUGGACUACAAUACUUCAACUGUGUGGAAUAACUCUCUGUUGACAUUAAACCCUUUCUACCAUCUGGACGGCGUAUAUCCAUAUGGUAUGGACCCGGUUUGGGCAAUGGCUGAGAAUAAGAUUAUAUUCUUGAAUACUUACAAAAUGAAACUAUCCAUCAUAUUCGGACUUACACACAUGGUCUUCGGCGUCUUCAUGUCUUUGAUCAAUUUUGUACACUUCAAAAAGUAUUCACAUAUUUUAUUCGAGUUCCUGCCACAACUGUUGUUUUUACUAUUACUCUUCGGUUAUUUGGUAUUCAUGAUGUUCUACAAGUGGGUGGCGUAUUCGGGUAAGGCCACUGAGCAGGCGCUCACCCCUGGAUGCGCACCAUCCAUACUGAUAUUAUUCAUCAAUAUGAUGCUCUUCGGAUACACGGAACCAAAGGACGGUUGCAAGGAGUACAUGUACGCGGGUCAGGAGAUAAUACAAAUAGUGUUGGUUGUGAUAGCGGUACUUUGCAUACCAUGGAUGUUGUUGGGCACUCCAUUGCACGAGAAAUUUAAGCGUGUCCGAAGAGCGCCACGAACUGCAUACACCAAUGGUGAUGUGCAUAUCUCAACAGUUUCGGGUGAUACGCAGCAACCAUUGGCAAACGGACAUGCCGGCGGCGGUCACAGCAUUGACGCAGAAGAACCGAUGAGUGAGGUGUAUAUCAAGCAAGCCAUACACACCAUCGAGUAUGUGCUGAGCACCAUCUCGCACACGGCGUCUUAUCUGCGCUUGUGGGCGCUCUCAUUGGCGCAUGCGCAAUUAUCAGAGGUCUUGUGGAUGAUGGUGAUGCAAAAGGGCUUUAUGCUGCCGUUGAUUUUCGGUGGUCCCAUCUUUCUAUAUAUCGUAUUCGCUGCGUGGGCAUUUUUCACAGUCGCCAUUCUCGUCAUUAUCGAGGGUUUGUCAGCAUUCUUGCACACGUUACGUCUGCACUGGGUUGAAUUUAUGAGCAAAUUUUACGAAGGUCUGGGUUAUGCCUUCCAACCCUUCUCAUUCAAUGCAAUACUUGAGAAUACUUAUGAAGACUAAAACCGCAAAUAAAGUGCCAAUUUAUACUCAACAAAUUAUGAAUUAAAGAAACUGUUUGAAACAAUAAAGAAAACUUGAUAUUCCGAAUCGAAACCGAAAAAGUUUCGAGGAAAUAUAGAA